UUAACAAAUCAUGUCUAAGACACCAAAAACAUGUCCUGCCCUUUCUCUCUUCACUGUGCCAGGUACGACUUUGUGGAAAUAGAAGAUCCGACUGAGAAGACAAUCCUGGGUCGCUGGUGUGGGUCACAAUCGCUCCCAGGUGGUCACAUUUCCAAGGGAAGCCAGAUCACUAUUCGCUUCAUCUCCGAUGAGUAUUUUCCCUCUGAGCCGGGAUUCUGCAUCCGCUACUCCCUGCUGCCUGUGAUUGACAUUAUUCUCCGGUGUUCAGUUCCUUUCCAUAAACUGUUUGAUGAAACAGAGACCAAGUUUUUCCUUCAUGUUCCAACUCUAGAAGGUGCGGAAACCAUGAUGGGGAAAAGGAAGUUUGGCCUCCGCACGUUCGGUGGAGCUGAUCUCAAUCUUCUGAGGGAAGAAGUUCAACUCUACAGCUGCACGCCACGUAAUUUCUCGGUAUCCCUGCGUGAAGAGCUGAAAAGGACAGAUGUCAUUUUCUGGCCCAGCUGCCUCCUGGUGAAGCGCUGUGGUGGAAACUGUUCCUGCUGCUCUCACCGCUGCUAUGACUGUCAGUGUAUUCCUGCCAGAGUCACAAAGAAAUAUCAUGAGGUUCUACUGUUGAAACAUCGAAGUGGUGUACGAGGUCUCCAGAAGUCCAUGACGGAUGUGCCCUUGGAACACCAUGAAGAGUGUGCCUGCGUGUGUAAAGAUGAUUCUGACUGACCUCAGACAUGUGUAACAGCUGCCAACGGAAGCAUGCGGGAUGUUAGAAAUGAACCUCUGCCGCUGUUCCUAUCUCAUCCGCUACCACUGGAAGCUAACAAGAUUCUCCUUUUAUCCUGAUGUCCUUUUACUAAUUGGAUGAAGCAGAACAGACUGGAAUCUAAUAAAUCUUCCAAAUGGAUUUGACUGCUGUGGAAUACCAAUAGAGUGCUCUGAGUCCAUUUUAGAAAGGCCAAAAAAAAUAAAAAUCACUGGAGCAGAUCUGGACCAUUACCUAUGAGCUCUGAAGACUAUUUUCUUCCAUUCUUCUGAGAUAAGAACACUGAGGCAUUUGCGCCAUUUCUUCCUGAGGUCUUUUUUAAAGUUCAGUCAGUGUGGGCUGAUACUGUCAUGAAAAAUGGGAGCUUCUUUGUUCAAGUACUUUUUUGUAUCUAUAAGUGAGCUGGCUCCAGCUGCCUUGGCUCGCUCCCUUGGCUCCUCUAUUAUUACCAUCAAGGCAAAGAAAGGUGGUUUUUAGCUGUUUCCUUUUGCUCCCCUCUUGUUUUACCACAGAGUUUGUCUGUGGCAGUGUACAACCACAGUAUAGUUGAAAUGUAACACUAAUGAGACUGCAUUACGUGUAAAUAUUUUGUUUACAUUUCUUUUCUUUAUUAGUGUGCAUUUUCUGCCAAAGUUUUUCAAAGAUAAGAUCAAAGUUGCACAUUCAGAAUCAGUUAAACUCCUUUUUUAAGUCUUCAUUUGAUCCAUCUCAGCAAUAUUAAAUCUGCUUGCUCAAGAAAUGCCUGGCGUCAAACCAUUUUUUUUCAACAUUUGAGAUUGUUCACAAUAAGUAUUUAUUUGUUUAAGGAAAGGGAAUUUAGGUCCAAGAUGACUUGUGUGCUACAUAUUUCACUGUUUACUAGCCUCCUCUCUGUUUGUAAUUUUUACAUUUUGAUUUUCUUGUGGAUGUUUUUUUUUUUUUUCAUUUUUCUGUAUGCCAAUAUUAUUUAUCUCUACUUUUGCUACAACUGUUUGUGUAUUUUAUAGUAUUGGAAAGCAAAAAUAAAUUCUUCCAUUUCUAACAGAAUAUGUAGUACUUGGGAUUGGAAACUUGAUCCAACCACUGAUAUGAAUAUAGGACCAAACUGCGAAAAA